ACAUGUCUUUGGCCGGUCUUAAGAAGCAGUUGAAUAAAGCGAAUCAAUUUGUGAGCGAAAAGAUCGGUAACGCCGAGGGAACCAAAGCUACCGAUGAGUACAUCGAGUUAGAGAGACAGACAGAUGUGAUCCACGCUGUGGUCGACGAUAUGGUCAGUAAGACUAAGGAAGUGUUGCACCCGAACCCCGCCCUUAGGGCCAGAAUGGCUGUCAAUUCGAGGAUUAAUAGCACCAGAAAGUCGUGUUAUCCGCACCCGGAAAAGGAUUUGGGAGAAUGUAUGACCAAAUACGGCACUCAACUCAAAGAUGGAUCAGCUUUUGGCCGAAGUCUGGUUGAAGUCGGAGAAACUUUUAAGGAAUUGACAGAAAUUAAGUCUAAAUUUGAAGACAGAGUUAAGACUAGAUUUUUGGAUCCAUUGAAUCGAUUGCAGACCAAAGAUAUAAACGAUUGUAUGCAUCACCGGAAGAAACUCGAGGGCAGGAGAUUAGACUACGACUGCAAGAGACGUAAGAUAUCUCGUCAGUCAUCUCAAGAUCACGACCCGGACGUGAAGUUAGCCGAAAGCAAAUACAACGAGUCGUUUAAUUUGGCGACCGUUGCGAUGAAGAACCUGUUGGACAACGAAGAGGAACAGUCACAGCAUAUGGUAGACCUCUCGCAGGCUCUCUAUGACUAUCAUAACGAGUGCGCGAAUGUAUUAAGAGGUCUGGCGUCGAGACUACAGGGAAACAAAAUAUCAUUAAAUAUGUCGCAAACUAUGGCACAAAACCGAUCAAAUCAGUCAAUCAGACCAACUGAGAGACCAAAACCAGCGGAAAGACCGAAAUUAUUAGAUAAACCGAAACCAAAGUGUCGCGCAAUGUAUGACUUCGAGGCCCAGAGUCCGGAUGAGCUCUCAUUCAAAGAGGGAGAUGUGAUUGAAUUGAAGUCCAAAGUCGAUAGCAAUUGGUUUGAAGGUAUUCUUUACGGGAAAAGCGGUUUAUUUCCAGUUCUUCAUCGCAACGGUCGCCAAAUUAAACGACUCGUUGUAUUUGCUUUCGGC